AUGCCAAAUUUUUGUGCUGCCCCGAAUUGCACUAGGAAGAGCACACAAUCUGACUUAGCUUUUUUCAGGUUUCCACGGGAUGCUCAAAGGUGCAGAAUCUGGGUGGAAAACUGCCGUCGUGCAGAUUUGGAAGCCAAAACAGCAGAUCAGUUGAACAAACACUAUCGGCUGUGUGCCAAGCACUUUGAACCACAUAUGGUUUGUAAGACGAGUCCUUUCAGGACGGUGCUCAGAGACAAUGCUAUCCCGACGAUAUUUGAUCUCACCAGCCAUCUCAAUAACCCUCACAGCAGACACCGCAAACGGAUAAAAAUAAUGACUGAUGAAGAGGUCAGGGAAAUGAAAGAGAGGCGAUUGGAGGCUUCAGCAGAGCAAGCAGAAGCAAACAAAGACGCCAGCGAGGGGCUUGACAAUGACGAGUCUGUCAGUGUCCCUCAGCUUUCAGAGGAGGAGAAGGAACACAGAGAAUACCUCAGGUCCCUGUUUGAGGUCUUGAUUAUGAUGGGUAAACAAAACAUACCUCUGAGUGGUCAUUCUGAAGAGGAACAGGAAAGCAAAAGCUUCACUCCAAGCAACUUUCAAGCAUUGCUCGAAUAUCGUAUCAACUCCGGGGACGAGGCCCUCAGGAAGAAAUUUGAGAUGUCUGCCGUAAACACAGAGUAUUGUUCAUCUACCCUGUUGAAGCAGAUGCUGGAGGUUUGUGAGAGCUGUGUUCGUGAAGAAGUGCUUGAAGAAGUGAAGGAGACCCGUUUUUUCUCGUUAGUGACACAAGACAUAGUAGAUAUUUCAGGGCAAUACCAUCUUCCAUUGUUUCUUCGUUUUGUGGAUCAGGCCAACUCCCUGCGAGAAGAAUUCAUGGGGUUUCUACCAUUUGAAGGAGAUGAAGAAACCCUCACCGAUCGGCUACUGGCCGAAGUAUCUGAGAAGUGGGGCCUCAACAUGGAGAAUUGUCGUGGACAGGCAUAUUUCAGCUCUGGGGUGCACGCGCAAAAAGUCAAAGCCAUGGCCACAAGGCUAAAUGAAAAGUUCCCCUUGGCAGUGCAUACGCCAUGCUCUACCCGUUCACUGAAUAGCUCCCUCGCUAACAGUCUGAAUUUGACAGGAACCCAGCUAGUCAUGUCAACUCUGAAAAAGAUUGAUACAUUUUUCAGCAAAUCCCCUCAGCUUCAGUCUGAGUUAGAAAACGCCAUUUCUAUCUAUUACCAAGGAAACGAGGAGAAGGCCAAUGAACUCAAAGAAGCAUGUCGCACUAGCUGGACUGAGAGGCACGACGCCUUUGAGCUGGCAGUUGACCUCCUCGAAUCUCUUCUGCUCUGCAUGGAUAGCAUUCAUGACAACGAGGAGCUCAAAUGGAGCGAUCAAAUCUCACAGAGCGCUUUUGUCAUAUCUGAAGCACUGGCCGAUUUUGAGUUUGUGGUCACGCUGGUUGUGCUGAAAAACACCCUGUCCUUCACCCGAGCUUUUGGCAAAAAUUUGCAAGGCCAAACAAUGGAUGUCUUCUUCGCCGCAAGUAGCUUGAUUGCCGUCUUGCACUCAUUAAACGAAGUCAUGGACAACAUCGAAGUCUAUCAUGAGUUUUGGUUUGAGGAAGCAAUUAACCUUGCUGCUGCGCUGGAAAUCCCUGUCAAAAUCCCCAGGCUUUACUUCAGAAAGUUACGCCCUGAUGCUGGGGUUGAGAUUCAGCCGGAGAGCUACUUUAAAGAGCAUCUUACCAUUCCCUUAGUGAGCCAUGUCAUCCAGGAGCUUAAAGACCUUUUCUCUGAAAAUCACCUGAAGGCCUUGAAGUCUCUGUCGCUGGUCCCUGCGGUCAUGGGGCAGCUGAAGUUCAACACGGCCGAAGAGAACAACGCCGAUAUUUACAGGAGUGACCUGCCCAACCCAGACACUCUUCCCGCGGAGCUCCAUUGCUGGAGGAUCAAAUGGAAACAUCGGAGCAAAGAGGUUACGCUGCCCUCUAGUAUCUACGAAACCCUGCAGCUGUCCGACGUCAAGUUCUUCCCCAACGUGUGUGCAUUCCUAAAGGUGCUCUGCAUCCUUCCGGUCCUUGCUUUUGAGGACGAGAAAUGCGCCGUCGCGAGAAAACGCCUGAAUGCGUAUCUGGAAGACACACCAGUGAAUCACAGGUCCAAGAGCCUGUCCUUGUUGAACAUUAAUUAUGAUGCCAGGUAUGAUUUGGAUAUGAUGGUUGAAACGUAUGUCAGAAUGUUUCCAGAAAAAGAAGAGGUAGAAGGACUUCCAGAAAAAGAGCAGAUGGAGUGACUUCUCUUUUGUCAGGUUUUGCCAAGUGCAUAUGAUGCCAUUUUGUAACUGGAAAUGAGGGGGGAAAUUCAUUUGUAUUAUUUGGGGGGACAAAAAAAAGGCUGCAUCAUUUUGACCUGAGUAAUUCCAGAUGUAUAGAGAGCCACUAUUCCUAGUCAUAUAUAUAGAUGUAAAAAGAAAUUAACAUACAAGAUAACCAUGAUAAUUAUUUUUUGGUUCUGGAAGUGUGUAUAUAUAUCGAACAAGUGCUGUGCAGAUUAGAGUUCUUUUCAUUAGAUCAA